CAAUUGUAGUCGUAAGUUGUGACGAAGAAAAUCAAAGAAAAAUGCAAAAUAAACCUGUGAUAAUAGGAAAAUGCACGCAGAUGUGCCCCGAGAGUGAAAUAACAAUGAGAGAAUCCCAAAGACUGUUACAUCCAAUGGAACUCCUUACACAUUCAAAGACAAAAGCAGACAGGACAAAGAUGGUAAAAGAGUUCUGUAGAUCAUCUGCUGGUCAACACAUGCAAAAACCAGAAGUGUUGAGGCCUUUUGACACAUUAAAUGACACAAUUGCAUAUCUGUUAUUUGAGGCCAUAAACAUGGAUGAAUUUGCAUUCCACAUCAGAUAUGAUUACAUUUGUGAUAGAUUAAGAGCUGUUAGACAAGAUAUGAUCAUUCAAGAUCUUCCCAAACAUGAAGCAAUUUGUAUAUUGCAACCUAUAGUUAGAUUUUAUGCUUAUGCAUCAUACAGAAUGUGUGAUGAACCUCUACAGAAAUAUGAUGCACAUUUGAAUAAUAAACACUUUCAAGAGUGUUUAAAACGUCUUUUAUCAUUAUACGACGAUUGCGAAGAGUUUGAAACGCGUUUUCCACAUCGAAUUGAUUGCUCUACUCUGUACGCUGAUUCCCGGCCACAAAUUGAAGCCAUAUAUGUUUUAUUCAAUCUUGGCAGUGGCGAAGCACUGAAUCGUGCGUUGAGGUUAAACGAACGAUGGAAGAACACCGCGGAGCUGCAAGCCGCAAUCAAAGUAAGUCUAUUGUACAGAAAUAAUAAUUUCGUCGCGGUUUGUCGCCUCGUCCAAGACCUGCCGCAUUUAAUGGCGGCCAUUGUAAUGUUACGCAUGCCCGCUAUACGAAAAACAUGUCUGCAAGUCAUGUCCUGGGGUUAUUCAAGCAAAAAUCUACGAUUUCCACUUGAAAAACUACAGGAAUUAUUGUUAUAUGACAACGAGGAUGAUUUGUUAGAAGAUGUGAAGUGUUGUGGGUUAGAAUAUCAUCUACCUGAUGAUAUUUUCGAUGUAAAAGGUGGAGUAGUUUUUGGUAAAGAUAAAUUUAACGUGGACGUUAACUUAGGGGUACGUAAAGUGAAUUUUGUUAAUGAGAAGUUAAAAAAGUAUAAAGUACAUGAAUUAGUUUUGUUUGGCAAUUAAAAACAUGAAAAUAUUUGUGAUUAAAAGUAGUUUUCUAGUAAUUUUUUGUAGAAAAUGUCUUGUAUUGUUGCUUAUUUAUUUAUUUUCUUGUCAUUUUGGGCUUUACGUAAUUAAUCUUAUUUAAUUAAUAAUACUACACCGCCCACCUCAUAUUAACAAAUUUAAUUCUUUCGAGAA